UGAAGUCCCCGUCACGUGUUUCUAACAUUUUCCAAAAGUUCUGAACGCAGCCGUUUCCGAUAGUCAUGAACGCAGCACCGUGUCGGUACAGCAGGCAUCUAUUGUACAGUUACUGAGCCGAGGAGGGCCGACUGACUCCGGCGACACACACACAGAGGGGCUUUGUCGAUGUCUUAAUUUCAACGUACCCUCCAGCUUCUCUGCUUUGCUUGCCAUUACACCUCUGUGAAGGACUAACGGUCAUCAUGGCAGAAGCCCACCAGGCUGUGGCCUUCCAGUUCACAGUCACCCCGGAGGGCAUUGAUCUGCAGCUGUCCCAUCAGGCCCUCACCGAGAUCUACCGCUCUGGCCUUCGCUCUUGGAAGAAGCGCAUCAUUAGACUUAAGAACAGUGUGAUAACAGGAGUGUAUCCUGCCAGCCCGUCCUCCUGGCUCUUUGUCGUCAUAGCAAUCCUGGCUACCAUGUACACCCGCUCCGACCCCUCCAUGGGACUUAUAGCCAAGAUACAAGAGCACCUGCCUGUCAGCCAGUCUAUGAGCACCCAGUGUCAGGCGGUGGUGUCGGCAGUGCUCUUCAGCACCUUACUGUGGCUCCUGCUCAUCUUCACCAUGCGCCUGUGCCUCAAGCAGCUCCUCUCCUACCAUCGCUGGAUUUUCGAGCAGCACGGCAAGAUGUCCAACACCACCAAAGUCUGGGUGGCACUGGUGCGUAUCUUCUCUGGCCGAAAGCCUCUGCUCUACAGCUACCAGGGCUCACUGCCAAACUUGCCUUUGCCGGCCAUCAAGGACACACUGAAAAGGUAUUUGGAGUCAGUGCGUCCGCUCAUGGAUGACACUGAAUAUGAACGAAUGACUAAUCUGGCUGGCGAGUUUGAGAGCCGCUUGGGAAAUCGCCUACAGUGGUACCUCAAACUGAAAUCUCUGUGGGCUGCCAACUAUGUUAGCGACUGGUGGGAGGAAUACGUCUACUUGCGAGGAAGGAGCCCUAUAAUGGUCAACAGUAACUACUAUGGCAUGGACUUCCUGUAUGUGACUCCGACACCCAUCCAGGCAGCACGUGCCGGCAACACCAUCCACGCAUUCUUCCUAUACCGCCGCAAACUCAACAGAGAAGAGCUUAAGCCUAGUCGUAUACCCGGCACUGUCAUUCCUCUGUGUGCGGCUCAGUGUGAGAGGAUGUUCAACACCACACGCACUCCUGGAGAGGAGACGGACACUGUGCAGCACUGGCAGGACAGCGACUACGUGGCUGUGUACCACAGAGGACGCUACUUUCGGCUCAGGGUGUACCAGGCGGGCAGACUCCUGUCCCCCAGGGAGAUUGAAUUCCAGAUUCAGAGGAUUCUCGAUGACCCUUCCUCUCCCUGCACGGGAGAAGAAAAACUUGGCGCUCUUACUGCUGGCGAAAGAGUUCCUUGGGCUCAAGCCAGGAGCAAGUACUUUAGCAGCGGGAUCAACAAGCGCUCACUAGACUGUAUCGAGAAAGCCGCCUUCUUCGUGACCCUAGAUGACGAUGAGCAGGGCAUGAUGGGAGAUGACCCACUGGCGAGUCUAGACCGCUACGCUAAGUGCUUGUUGCACGGGAAGUGUUAUGACAGAUGGUUUGAUAAGUCUUUCACGGUGGUCUACUUCAAGAACGGUAAGAACGGCAUCAAUGCGGAGCACUCGUGGGCCGACGCACCAGUGAUAGCGCACCUGUGGGAGUAUGUCCUGGCCACCGACUGUUUCCAGCUAGGUUACAAUGGAGAGGGUCACUGCAAAGGAGAUGUGGAUCCAUCACUUGCACGACCUCAGAAGCUCAACUGGGAAAUCCCUCCAGAGUGCGAGGACCAGAUUUCUCGUUCCCUGGCGGUGGCCCAAGCCCUAGCUGACAACGUAGACUUCCACGUGUUAUCCUUCCGAGACUUCGGUAAGGGAAAGAUCAAGAAGUGCAGAGUCAGUCCAGAUGCGUUCAUCCAGGUGGCUCUUCAGUUAGCCUACUUUCGGAAUCGGAAGACAUUUGGCCUGACAUAUGAGGCCUCCAUGACCCGUCUGUUCAGGGAGGGCAGGACCGAGACCGUUCGCUCCUGCACCAAUGAGAGCAGUGCCUUUGUCAGAGCGCUAGUGGGCGGAGAGUCAGCGGAAGCAUGCAGGCGUCUGUUCCGCACUGCUUCAGAAAAGCACCAGCAUCUGUACCGCAUGGCAAUGACUGGCGCUGGCAUCGACAGACACCUCUUUUGCCUCUACGUUGUGUCCCAGUACCUCGGAGUGGAGUCACCUUUCCUAAAAGAGGUUCUGUCAGAGCCAUGGAGGCUGUCCACCAGUCAGACAUCCGUCCAGCAGGUGGAGCUGUUUGACCUCGUGAACCAUCCAGAGUACAUUUCCUGUGGAGGAGGCUUUGGUCCGGUGGCUGAUGAUGGUUAUGGGGUGUCCUACUACAUUUUGGGAGAGAGCCUGAUCAACUUCCACAUCUCCUGCAAGCACUCAUGCCCUGACACUGAUGCCCAUAAGUUUGGUUCUCACAUCACAAAAGCUUUGCACGAUCUGCUGGAGCUGAUGAGUCCCCCUGGCCAGAGAGAGCCCAGCAAAACCGAGGAGAGUCCGCCUGAGGUCAAGAAAAACCUUUAGAGAAAGGGGAUGCUGAAGGGAACGUGCUUUACUAGAGUUACUGAUGGAAAGAAGCCUGGACAUGUUCUCAUGUUAAAGGAGGGGGGAGUAAACAAAUAACUAACCUAACCAGCCUGUUGAAAAAGAGACAGCUCAGUGGGGGCACAAGUGAGCUCAUGUUUUUAUUACAUCCGUAUUUAUCUGGUAUGAAGGGUAGCGGGGGUGGUCCACAGAAUAAAUGUGCCAUUUAAUUUCAGUGGGGUAUUAAUAAUUUCCUGUUAUUUUAAGUUAAUACUUGCUGCGGUUGUUUAGUACUGGGGCAUGUUUGUUUUGAUACCAGUGAAUGCUUGAACUAUUGUUUCUCUUUGCCUGGAAAUGGUGCCAAUGUGUUGUGAUGGCAACAAGCACACAAAACAUUCCUUCAACUCAUGAGAUUUUGCUUUUUACUACAUGCAAAUCUAGCUGUUUUAUUUUGAAAUGCAGUCAGGUAUGUUCAUCAGGCAUUUUAAAUCAGUCCUUUUCACCCAGGUAUGAAUGUCUAUUGUUUUUAGCUUUAUUUAUAUAUAUAUAUAUAUAUAUAUAUACACACACACACACACAGUGGUGUGAAAAAGAUGUUGUUUUUUCUUUUUGCAUGUUUCUUACACUAAAAUGUUUUAGAUCAUCCAACAAAUUUAAAUAUUAGUCCAUGACAACACGACUGAACAUAAACUUUUUCUUAUAAACUUUUUAUUAUUAAGGGACAAAAAAAUAAACUUUUUUAUAAAAAUAAACUAUUUAUUAUUAAGGGACAAAAAAAUGCAAACCUACUUGGCCCUGUGUGGAAAAAGUGAUUGACCCCUAAACCUAAUAAAGGGUUGGGCCCCCCUCAGCAGCAACAACUUGCAAUGAGUCUCUUACAGCGCUGUGGAGGAAUUUUGGCCCACUCGUCUUUGCAGAAUUGUUGUAAUUCAGCCACAUUGGAGGGUUUUUGGGCAUGAAAAGCCUUUUUAAGUUAAUGCCACAGCAUCUCAGUAUGAUUCAGGUCAGGACUUUGACUAGGCCACUCCAAAGUUUUCAUUUUGUUUUUCUUCAUCCAUUUAGAGGUGGACUUGCUGGUGUGUUUUGGAUCAUUGUCCUGCUGCAGAAACCCAAAUUAGUUUCAGCUUGAGGUCACAAACAGAUGGGCGGACAUUCUCCUUUGGGAUUUUUUGGUAGACAGCAGAAUUCAUGGUUCCAUUUAUCACAGCAAGUCUUCCAUGUCUUGAAGCAGCAAAACAACCCCAGACAAUCACACUACCACCACCGUAUUUUACUGUUGGUAUGAUGUUAUUUUUCUGAAAUGCGUUACUAUUACACCCGUGUUAAUGGGACACACCCUCUUUCAAAAAGUUCAACUUUUGUCUCGUCAGACCACAGAGUAUUUUCCCAAAGGUCUUGGGGAUCAUCAAGAAGAUUUCUGGCAAAAUUGGGACGAGCCUUAAAGUUCUUUUUGUUCAGCAGUGGUUUUCGUCUUGGAACUCCGACAUGCAGGCCAUUUUUUUCCAGUGUCUUUCUUAUGGUGGAGUCAUGAACACUGACCUUAACUGAGGCAAGUGAGGCCUGCAGUUGUUUGGAUGCUGUUGUGGGGUCUUUUGUGACCUUGGGGUAAUUUUGGUUGGCCGACCACUCCUGGGAAGGUUCACCAGUGUUCCAUGUUUUCAUUCACCAUUUGCGCAUAAUGGCUCUCACUGUGGUUUGCUGGAGUCCCAAAGCUUUAGAAAUGUCUUUAUAACCUUUUCACACCACUGUGUACAGUAUAUAUAUAAAAGUAAGCACCAAAACAAUGCAACAUAUAUUUUUAAACAUGUGCAGGUCAAACGGGUUAAACUAAACAGUUUGUUUGAAAAGUAGGUGUGUUAAUAUGGAAACAGGAACUACUUGGUUGAUUUAUUUUUGUUUUCACCACAGACCCACUGAGUUUGUCUCACAUUGCUAUUGUCUGACUGUUUAAUGCAUUAUUGCAAAUUAACAUAAAGACAUUGUGUAAGAAACCUGA